AUGAUUGAGAUAUUGGCUGACUUCCCACUGUUUCAGGUGGCGAUCGUGUCCAUGGUGAGGCUGGUGGACUCCAUUGGGGAAACGUCCACGUUUCCCUACAUGUACCAUCUAGUCAAGUAUGUCACGGCCACUUCAGAUGAGAGCGAAAUCACAGUGUACAUCUCGUAUCUGUCUGCAACUGGGAGUCUCUUCCAUAUCAUCUUCAACCUUUUCUGGGGUUUCCAGGCAGACUAUUGGGGCCGGAAAAACGUUCUGCUUAUUAGUUUGGUUGGACAGGCUGCUUCGAUGCUGAUAAUUGCAAACAGCACAAGCUUCACCGGCCUGCUUGUCUCAAGAAUUGUUUUUGCUGUCACAAACAACACUCUGUCGACAAUUCGGACUAUUCUCGGAGAAAUUGCUCACGAAAAACGGCACCAAUCGCUGGCGUUUUCAAUUGUGCCGCUUUUCUACAAUCUUGGGUUCAUGAUUGGGCCUUUUCUGAGCUCUCAGCUGAUUACCAUACCCAGCAACACGGACGAUUUUGGCGACCGUCCUUUUUUCACGGCCAACAUUGUGAUAGCAGCUUUGAUUUUCCUGGUUUGCGUUAUAGCGUUCCUUUUCUUGCAAGAAACACACCAGCAAAUAAAGCAAAAGUCUGACUUUGGCCUGGCUUUGGGAAAUAGCAUUCGCAGCAAGCUAGGUUUCAGCGAACGCAUAAUAAAGGAGGAUCCGUUUGAAAUAGAACUUGAUGACGGCCUACUUAGCGAGCAAGAGACUGAGCCAGAGAUUGAGCUUGCGGCCGAUCCAACAUCUGAACCAGCAACGAAACCCAAAAAUAAAUUUGGACUAAACUCAAAGAUUAUCCAUAUCAUAAUCAGCCAGUGCUUCUUGAUGUCGCACAUUCUGAUUUACUCUCAUUUCCUCCCGGUUUUUCUGUCCGCUCCCUUCCAGCCUGAAAGCUUGCAUUUCCCUCUUGGGUUAAAGGGCGGUCUGGGCAUGUCAUAUAAACAGGUGGGAACCAUGCUUUCCGUUGGAGGACUGGUAGGAAUCAUAAUGGUCCUCUUCCUUUCCCCUAUACUGGAACAAAAAUUUGGCAUAUUGCGAGCAUACCGUCUUGGCGUCUCUGUGUUCACAAUAGCCUACUUUGUGCUCCCUCUUGCAGCAUUCGGCGAGAGGAAAAAUGACACCAUUGUCUCUACUGUUCUGUCGUACAUCAGCGUGUUGCUGAAGGAAAUUGGAGGAGUCAUAUGUUUCCCAUAUAUCUUCAUUCUUCUCCAUCGUGCUACGCCACCGGAAAGCGUUUCCUUCCUGAAUGGUGUGGCGAUGAGCGCAAGUGGUAUCGCCUCGUUUGUGGCACCAUUGAUUGGUGCUAGAGUACUAGCGUGGUCAAAUAGAAACAGCGUGGCCACCUUGUUCUGGUGGAUGUUGGCUCUCUAUGCUGCCUUUUCUCUUGCACACACGAUCGCAUUGAAAUAA